ACAAAACACCUGGAAGCAUGUCUGGCAUCACUGGGAACGUGGACUGCGAGGAGUGCUUAUCUUCUGGACAUCUACCCAACAGCACGGAGUUACAUGUGCAUCCCACCUUGGAUGACGACGAGGAACUUCUGAGAUACAUUUGGAGAGAGUAUUUACACCCCAAGCAGUAUGAAUGGGUUCUCAUUGUGGCUUACAUUAUUGUAUUCUUCGUUUCACUCAUUGGGAACUCGCUUGUUUGUUUUGCAGUAUGGAAGAACCGUCACAUGCGCACCGUGACAAACUAUUUCAUAGUGAAUCUUUCCCUGGCUGAUGUGCUGGUCACCAUCAUCUGCCUGCCUGCGAGUCUUGUGGUGGACAUCACAGAGACGUGGUUCUUUGGAAACACUCUGUGCAAAAUUGUCCCUUAUCUGCAGACCAUCUCUGUUUCUGUAUCAGUCCUAACGCUGAGCUGCAUCGCCCAGGACCGUUGGUAUGCGAUCUGUCACCCACUGUUGUUCAAGAGUACAGCCAAGAGGGCGCGCAAGAGUAUUGUUGUCAUCUGGGUUGUGUCGUGUAUCAUCAUGAUCCCCCAGGCCACCGUGAUGGAGUGUAGCAGCCUGCUGCCUGAACUCACAAAUAAGACCAGUCUGUUCACGGUGUGUGAUGAGCACUGGGGAGCUGAGAUCUACCCAAAGGUGUACCACACCUGUUUCUUCAUUGUCACAUACUUCGCACCACUGUGUCUCAUGGUCUUGGCAUACAUUCAGAUUUGUCACAAGCUGUGGUGUCAACAGAUUCCUGGAAGCACAUCAGUGCUGCAGAGGAAGUGGAAGUCUAUCAAAUGCUCAGCUCCAACUCCAGGACCGGGGGAGUCGGUGAGGGUUAGAACCAGCACGGUUUGUGCUGAGAUCAAACAAGUCAGAGCCCGGAGGAAGACAGCUCGCAUGCUGAUGGUGGUGCUCUUUGUUUUCGCCCUGUGCUACCUGCCAAUCAGUGUGCUCAAUGUCAUGAAAAGAGUCUUUGGGACAUUUAAGAAGACAAACGACAGAGAGACAGUGUAUGCGUGGUUUACUUUCUCACACUGGCUCAUAUAUGCCAACAGUGCUGCAAAUCCAAUCAUCUACAAUUUCCUAAGUGGGAAGUUCCGCGAGGAGUUCAAAUCAGCCUUUUCUUGUCAUUGUUGUGGCCAGCAUGAAAAUGAAACGAGGAGGAUAAGGACCAGAACGCGUACAGACAGUCGAAAAUCCCUCUCCACUCAAGUUCACAAUGUGGACAAUGUGUCACGCAUAUCAGAUCAGAUGGUGUAGUCGUCUUAUAUUCCAGCUGGGGCACCUGAAGGACACGUUGAUCUUUAAGUUAGACAUGUGAUAAUGUGCAGAUCUCAUUAUUUUUGGAUGACAUUUAAAGGGAAAAGAAUUGUAUUUAAUGUUUUCUGUUUGGUUGAUUUGAAAAGGACAGACUUUCUCUCUUCUGUUAUGCAAGAAAAUGUUGAUUAAUUAUGAAAGACACGGUUUGUAAUGUUCAGUGUUUUAUAUCUCUCUUUCAUGUGUAGUUUCUGUAAAUUUUGUAUGCAUUUUUGUUUUGGUUUGUCUAAUUACAUCUAAUUAAGUAGUAGCAUCACCUUUGAUAUAACUGGUUUAAGGGAUUUGAAGCUUUAAAGGUGCAGUCGGUCACAUGUUCAUCUCAAGUCCUCAGUGUAAAUGCCCAGAAAUGUAUGUUCCUGUGCACUGAGUAUGUUAAUGAAGCCAGCUCAAUUCAUCAAAGUACAGAAUAUUCAAUGUGACCCCUGCAUGAACGGGACCGCAAUGUGAAGCCUGUUUCUUUCAUUUGAAACACUCCAGGUUUGUGUUUGGAUAGCAUCAGCAAAGCGGACAUUUUCCAGCAAAAUAUACGUUACAAAAUAAUCAUUGUGGUUGAAUUUUUCGGCUGUGGGUAAGAGCUGCUCACAGUCACUUUUACAGGCGACUCUAUGGUGGGUUGUUUUUUAUACUGAUGCUAAAUGUAAAAACAAGAAACAUGUCCUGGAUGUGCUUUCCAUUUUCUUUUGUGGCAGUAGUCUGCAAGCAUGU